AUGUCGGUUCUAAUCAAUGGCAGCCCGACGACGGAAUUUGAGAUGUAUAGAGGUUUAAGGCAAGGCGAUCCGCUUUCACCUUUUUUGUUUCUUAUAGUGGCAGAAGGUUUGGUGGGGUUAAUGAGAAAUGUGGUAUCUCGUGACAAAUUUCAGGGUUUCAAGUUCAAUGAUUUUCUGCAUAUCAAACUUCUCCAAUUUGUCGAUGAUACGAUUUUGGUUUGUGAUGGUAAGCUGAAUAAUUUAUGGACCACUAAGGCUAUAUUGUGUGGUUUCGAACUUAAAUCGGGAUUGUGUGUGAAUUGGAAUAAGAGUAAAGUUUAUGGGAUUAAUCUUCAUGCGGAUGUUCUACGGGUUGCUUCUAAUUUUCUCGCGUGUGCAGUCGGUUUAGUCCCUUUUAACUUCUUGGGCAUUCAAGUGGGAUUCAACCCAAGAAGGAAGGCAACUUGGACUCACUUAGUUGAUAAGGUGAAGAAGAGAUUAACCAAGUGGAAGGGAAAGCAAAUGUCAAUAGGUGCCAGGGUGGUAUUGUUGAAUGUCAUCUUGACGAAUCUUUCGAUAUUUCAAUUCUCUUUCUACAAAGAGCCCAAGGGAGUGAUUCAAUAUUUAAUUAAAAUUCAGAGAUCUUUUUUAUGGGAUGGUACUAAUUUCAAGAAUAAGAUUGAUCGGGUGAGUUGGCCGACUGUUUGCAAACCGAAAAUCUCGAUGGAUUAG